AUGCAGCAACCUUUCAUAUGGCCAGUUUCUGGACAGAUCGAUAUUAGAACUGCCAACAUAAUAUCAGAUCUCACGUUAGGCUGGAGACGCCUCUUGUCUCCACCAUACGAACAGGUUGAAGUGUCCGUCGCAGAAGUCACACAACAAGGUCUCGAACAACAUUUUCUACGCAGUGAAGUAGAACUGAGGAAGCACCUUUCGAGGUACCACGGCCAAGGAGGUGACUCUGGCGCUCCUGAGGAAAGCCUCGCUUACUCUCCACAAUCGUCAUUCUUUGUAAUCGAGCCACAUUAUGGUUGGAGUACCCUACCUAUAACUCGAGAUGGGCUUCUUUCUCUCUUCAAAGACCUGGAUGUAUUUCCUGAGAUAUACCGCUUCCUGACAGCGUUUGGUAGAAAGGAAUUCGCACAAGAUGAGUCUUUUGGAGGUUUCGACGCAAACAUCACCACUAAAAAGUCUGGUGACUGCGUCGGUUUUGAACUAUGUUACCUCUUGAAAUAUGUCGCAAAAGUACCCGACCCCCCUCCUGGAUCAUUUUGUUGGUCUAUUCGUCAUGCACUGAUCUAUCAAAAGGUGGACACGGAAGCUAAGCGAUUUUCUCACGUCCUUGUAAGGCUGUCCACUCCCGCAAAGACAGAAUUGGCUGCUUCAUUAAAGGCAGAGGGCAGCACAUCAAGAUUUGUUCAUGAUUGGACGUAUCUUCAUACAGUAUGCUUCAAAGGCGUUGAUGCCGACAUGCGGGAUAUGAUCAACUUUCUGGACAAAGAGAUUGCAAAUCUGUCUGAUCGAGUGAUGAUGUUCGGGGUUGAACCCACAAAAAAAGACGAGAUCAACUCAGUGGAAUAUUCAACUCGAGAUUUCAAGUCCCUUCAGUUCGUUUCUGACCAGGCGAGAAGACUAAUCACCUGUAUUCAAAUCAACAUGCACACGAUCGAAUGUCUCCAAGCAAAGAUGAAUCAUAUGGCACAUUUAGAAACAUUCGAGAAUCUCGACGGUGCCCCUGUUAGUCUUCUAUCUACUGACCUCUCCAAAGCACUAGAGGAACACCGGUUUGCAUGUAGGAAUGCAUCGGCUGUGCUCGCAAGAGCUACGGCCACUACCCAAUUUCUAAGAGACACCAUAUCACUAAGGAAUAGUGAAAUAAGCAGACAAAAUUCGGAAAUUGUUAAUCAAAACACUUUGAUGAUUGCUCGACUGGCCGACUUAUCCGGCCGAGAUGCACGAGUUGUAAAGACUUUGACAGUACUGGCUCUUGUCUUUGUACCGGCCUCAUUUGUAGCAGACUUUCUCCAGAUGGGCUUCAUCACCAUAGCACGGGAAAGUCCAAUGAAGUGGAAAGCUGACACUGACCUUCAACUCUACGCUAUUCUUGCCCUUCCCUUGAUAGCAGUAACCAUGUUAGUCUAUGGUUUCGUGGAGAUGAUUUCACGAUCGAGAGAAAGAACAUGA